UCAUAAACAGCUCUUCAACCACCUCGGUAGCUUGCUAGCCAACAUAGCCGAAAGAUUCAAGCUAUUGGUUUAUAUUAGCUGCUGUGUUUUAGACACACUUCUGUCGUAUCUACUUGUUAACCUAUUUAAUUUAAUAUUACGUUAUUUUGUAUUAGUCAGCUAUAGUAGCUGGCUGGUUAAGUUAGCACUAGCCUAGUCGCUAAUGAUAUCUAGCUAGCUAACAUCCCCGAACAUGAGCUCCCUAAACUUCUCCCCUUCUGUUAAAGAAGAGGUCUGCUGGGCGGAGAUAGAAGGUCUGGGGCUGAACAUUGUCGUGAAAGAGGAGAAGGAAGAAGAGGAUGUCACAGUAAAACAAGAAGUAGAGGGUGAGGCUGUUACAGUGAAAGAAGAAAAGAAAGACUUUUCAGUGAAAGAAGAGGAAGACACGUUCAGAGUGAAAGAGGAGGAGGGUGUUACUGUGAAAGAAGAGGAAGAGAAAGAGAAAGAGGAGGAUGCAGUUUUUGGAUUGAAGAAGGAAGGGGAGAUUACUGUCACAUUAAAAGAUGAAGAGGUGGAGAUAGGAGAUCUGAUUAACACCAGAGAGAGACGUGACUAUCGUGGAUCCUCUGGGGAGCCUCAACAACCUCAUGAUGCUGACAAGGCAGAGAAGAGUCUCUCCAGAUCAGAACUCAUCAAGAAACACCUGCAGAGAUCCACAGGGAAGAUAAUUCACCACUCUGACUGUGGGAAGAAAUUCACCUCCUCAGCAGGCAUUACAAUUUAUCAGAGAUCACACACAGGAGAGAAACCAUAUAGCUGUACUGAAUGUGGGAAGAGUUUUGAUACAUCUAGCCAUCUUAUUGUACACCAAAGAACACACACAGGAGAGAAAGCUUAUAGAUGUGAUCAAUGUGGGAAGAGUUUUAUUCAGCUAAGCAACCUGAUAUCACACCGGAGAAUACACACAGGAGAGAAACCUUAUAGCUGUGAUCAAUGUGGGAAGAGUUUUAUUCAGCUAAGCAACCUAAUAUCACACCAGAGAAUACACACAGGAGAGAAACCUUAUAGCUGUGAUCAAUGUGGGAAGAGUUUCACUCGCUUAGGCAACCUGAUAUCACACCGGAGAAUACACACAGGAGAGAAACCGUAUAGCUGUGAUGAAUGUGGGAAGAGUUUUGCUAGGUCGAGCAAUCUGACUGUACACCAGAGAAUACACACAGGAGAGAAACUUUAUAGCUGUGAUCAAUGUGGGAAGAGUUAUACUCAGCUAAGCGGCCUGAUAUCACACCAGAGAACACACACAGGAGAGAAACCCUAUAGCUGUUCUCAAUGUGGGAAGUUUUUUUGUACAUCUAGCCAUCUGAAGAUACACCAGAGAAGACACACAGGAGAGAAACCUUAAAGCUGUGAUCAAUGUGACCAGAGAUACUCUGAUAAAAGAUAUCUGAUUAAUCAUCAGAAAAUACAUGCAUGAAGGAGUUAUUUCAUGAUAUCAAACAUUGUUGAAUGAAUAUUUUAAUGAUGUCACAAUGUAGAAUGUUUUAACGUUGUAGAAAGAGUAUUUGGUUGCUGAUUGUCUCAAGGGUGGGAAGUCAAGAAGUUGUGUUUUUUGCUUUUAGCUAGUGCAUCACAAUUUAUUUUGACUGCAGGUUUUUCUGUAUUGGAGAUGAGUUUUGUUUGGGCUCGUUCCAAGAGGACGAGAGUUCUUGAAGCUAGUGAGUUUUAGAAAGACGAGAGUUCUAGAAGCUAGUGAGUUUUAGGAUUCUAUAGAAAGAAAAAGAAAAGAUACUAUUGUAUAUUAUUAUUUAGAAAUAAAGGUUUUUUCUUGUUUUUAAUUGUUGACAGCCAGUAGAAACCAUGUUUACAUUGUAGGAGGUGAAGCAUUGUAGUUGAUUAUAAUGUGAAAUGGAAGUUGUUUUCUGUUGGUGGUGAGCAAACUUUCCCAACAAAAAUAUAGGAUAUAUUUGUUGUCUUAAGGGGGAAAAGUGUUACUGGCUUUGGUUUUUCCAUUUAUGUUUUGAGGUUGGAUUUUAGCACGUUUAGUUUGUUAGCACGUCUAGCUCGUUAGCACGUAUAGCUCGUUAGCACGUAGCACGUGAUUGGUGUCUAUGUGUUACACCAGUUCUUUUGUUUCCCUCUUCUUGGGCAGAUUUAGUGGGUCUCACGGUGGGUGACUUUUAUGUCCCAGUUGUUGUUACUAGUCAGUGGACACUGAGAGCAAAAUUGCAAGAUUAUGUUAUAAUUCUUUUAUUGCAUCAAAUGGUUGUUUUAUGCAACAUAAUAGAGGGUUCUUAGAACUAUUGUGUCUGUGUGUUCUACUGCGGAUGGGCCUCUGGGAGAAAACCGUGACAGGAGAUUUACAAUGUCUUUUGGGUGAUAAAACCUAAAGAGACCGCAUUCCAGAGCAUGAGUUAAUGUAUCUGUUCUACAUGGUACCAGGGAGAGAUGAUCCCAGGGCCAGACCCUGGUCUCUACACAAAGAGUACUGUUUUUCCAUUAGAUACUGUCUGCUGAGAAUUAUAACUAUCUUUGAUACAAAUCUUAACCUUGUGACCCGUUAUAUACAUCUGUUGUUGGUUGUGUAGUUUUUAUUUUUAUUUUUAAUUUUUAUCCCAUUUUCUCCCCAAUUUUCGUGGUAUCCAAUCGCUAGUAAUUACUACCUUGUCUCAUCGCUACAACUCCCGUACGGGCUCGGGAGAGACGAAGGUCGAAAGCCAUGCGUCCUCCGAAGCACAACCCAACCAGCCGUACUGCUUCUUAACACAGCGCGCCUCCAACCUGGAAGCCAGCCGCACCAAUGUGUCGGAGGAAACACCGUGUACCUGGCCCCCUUGGCUGGCGCGCACUGCGCCCGGCCCGCCACAGGAGUCGCUGGAGCGAGAUGAGACAAGGAUAUCCCUACCGGCCAAACCCUCCCUACCCCGGACGACGCUAUGCCAAUUGUGCGUCGCCCCACGGACCUCCCGGUCGCGGCCGGCUGCGACAGAGCCUGGGUGCGAACCCAGAGACUCUGGUGGCGCAGUUAGCACUGCGAUGCAGUGCCCUAGACCACUGCGCCACCCGGGAGGCCCUAUUGGUCGUGUAGGUUGCAAGACCUUUGUACUUUUGUCUCGUGGCUCUCAACGAAUCAUCUGGGGGUGAUUUGUCGACCAUCCAUCAUUAUCGUAGAGCACUCAAUUGAUUCAUUUUAUAUGUGUACGUUGUAUUGACCAGCUCCCUUAUUAAUAAGUGAAUAAAGAUUUAGUUUAAGAAUAA